AUGCACCUGCCAGCAGAGAUAAUCACCCAGAUCCUGGAGGAACUAAUCAAUGUUCCCGAGGCCAAGUUUUAUCCAUUCGAUGUCGAUUGGUACUUCUCACGCCGCAUUCUAUGGGAUGAUGUGAUCUGCACAGAUCACUAUGAUCGUCACCGAAUCAAUAUAGAUCAGUCAGCCCUCGCGCUUCGCCUGAUCUCACGAGAAUGGAACCGAUGGGUGACAGCCGUGAUGCAGAAGCAUCUUACGUGGAAGGUUGACUUUGGCUCCGCCGAAUCUCUUGGGAAGGCUUUGAUUUGUCUUCCCGAGCCUAAUGAAGGUCGUGCUCAGGGCAAUGGUUUAUUGCCGACUCGCGAGAUUGUCAGACGGCUGGUGAUCAAGCCUGGCAAGGAGGCUCAUGACAUACCCGUCAGCGGUCAACCCCAGAAAUGGAAUAUCAAAGACCUUCUGCUUCAACUGUUCCGUCGUCUGGGACACGUGGAAUCUUUUUCCCUGCAUUUCCCACCGGGGAACUCAAACGAUCCAGAUGUAGCCAACUCCGUUGUCGAAGCAGUAGCCCACUGCUUCCAUCAGACCAACUCAUCCGGCCGUAUAACAAGUCUUCAGCUCAAGGUCCCCAGUACCUACCAUGCCGCACAGGCUUUCAAAGCCGUUCAGCCCGAUAAAUCGGUGCAACUCCGGAACCUUCUGAUUGAAAUCCUUGAUUCUUCUGGGAGGUCGGGAAGCAGAGACUUUCUUGAGGAAUCGUAUCACGAGGAUGAGGACGUUGAUGGAACCGCGGAAGAAUCAGGAGAUGAUACAGCAGCGCUAGACUACGACUCAAGUUUUGACAGAUCACCUCUUCAGCGAAGAUACCCCAACAGACGACACCAAAUGGAAUUAUGGAGGUUGCUCAAGCCAUGCAUAAAUCUGGAAACGCUGAGUAUCCAGGGUACUCAUUACCUCGAUUUGGACCAGCUUCCCUUGCCCGAUUCGCCUGAUUUCGUAGGCCUGAGGGUGCUUUCUCUCGGUCGGCUCUAUGGCAGUGUCACGCCCAUCCAGAAACUUAUCAAGUUGUUCGGGGGACCACCAGCUCGAUUACAGAAGCUUAUAAUAGACGACGUGAAGUUGCCAAUGGACAGAGGAAUAUGGGGCACGAUCCUUCGAUUUCUUUUGGAGGAAUGUCCGAAUAUCGAGUUGCUCUUUCUUUAUAAUUUAAGCUAUUUUGUGGAAGUCGGCCGGGCUUGCGGGCUCAGCUCGCCAGAAGACGGCACUGUUAUUGAUUCUAGCGAAGAUGAUGACCUAGAACCAUUGAACGAACUUGUUCAUGGAUUCGCGGACAAAUUUGGCAGUUCUGAUACCUGGCCGUAUUGGCUGAGAGAGAUGGGACAAGAUAGGGACAUCUUGGAGGAUUACCAGAAGUGA